CACGCGGUAAAUGCCAGCAGAGUGACGGCGUGCUUUUCAGUGGAUUGUACCGCACAUCGACAUUUUCCUCACAAAUUGUACAAAAUUCUCAGCGAAAUCGCUCACGAUGAUGUACGAAAGUCCUGUGAAUACAUUCUCCGUCAUGCCGCACGACAGAGUUCAAGCUGCUCCAAAUAUUUGGUACUCGGACUUUGACAAUCGAGGGGCGAGAAAAGUGGAUCUCGAUAUGAAAGAGGAGCUGAUGGAUUCCAGCGACCCUAAAAAAAGACGAGGAAAUCUGCCGAAAGAGUCUGUGAGAAUUCUGAAAACUUGGCUGUAUGAUCAUCGCUACAAUGCCUACCCAACAGACCAAGAAAAAGUUGAUCUGGCCAAAGCAGCGAACCUGACCGUGUUGCAAGUUUGUAACUGGUUUAUCAACGCCCGGAGACGAAUUCUGCCGGAAAUGAUAAAAAGAGAUGGCCAGGAUCCACUGCAGUACACGAUUACGAGAAAACACAAACACGCCGGAGAGAAGACGAGCGACGAGUUGCAGUCGAGGAAAAAACUGUGUCGAGAAGACGAAAAUGACUUUGACAGGCGAUGGGACCGACAACAUAGUGUGGACUCUGAAAACGACAGUUUGCCAAGUCGCACUCCGCCUUACAGCUGCUACAUGGAGACGGACGGGUACCUGUCGGGCAGCGAGGCCUCGUCUGAUGACUACAGCGAGUCAGACUCGGGCUCUGACGGCGGCAGUAGGUCCCUCCACAUGCCCGCAGACAGACAAAGGCAAGACAACUCACUACCCUACGCUCACUGCUCGCCCAGAUCUUUACACACACCUCCCCCAUCCCCACCUCCAAGAAAACAAGAGGACUUGUUUCGUUGUUUCUACAUGCUUGUGGAUGUAGCCAUCAGUCAACUUGAAAAGCAGAAACAGGCGGAAAGAGAGGAAAACACAAAGUCAGUGUUAUAAUCCUUAACAUUUCAUCUACACAUGUGUGCCUUGCGUUGUGGAAAAGCAGUAACUACACGGAUUUUUUGCUGUUAGUUUCAACUUUUCAUGGUUUUUUGGUGAAAUUUAUCAUGUUGGAUUUUACCCGCGGUUGUAAAUACUGACACAUUGUCCGACAUAGAACUUGUGAGAAAUCGUCGACUGUUACACGUACAUUAUUCGGCAACUGUCAAAACCCUUGUAAAAAUCUGGCAGCAUUAUGAACAGUUUUAUCGAGGGCGUCAAUAUUUGCUUCAUGAAAAGCAGGAGAAAGUAAUAGUACACGCAGUUCUGUUAUUCGAGGUAAGGUGACUUUUGCUUGAAAAAAAAAGUGAAAAAAUUCAUCCCGCUUGGAAGGCCGGCCAGCUCGGGCUCUUUGUUUGGCCAGCAUUUGACUCGGGGCUUUGUCAGCGGCCCACGUGGCCGAGCCUCGUUCUCACUGGAGGCGGCCAUGUUUGACAGCGUGGGGAAGAGUUCACGCGGCCGUCCGAUCUGCAGCACGCAUUUAUUUUGAACUGUCAUUCUACAUCAGUGUAUUCUACCAUCAUUUGUUAUUUACAUUAGCGUGAUUAAUCCAACCAAGGUGCCGCGAAGUUGCAGUUUUGUUAUUUUGUAAUGGUCACAUUGUUUAUGAGAUACAUAGUUCGUGUUUUAUUACAUUUGAUAUGUUUUUCAGCACAUUAAAACUUAGUGCUCUUAACCUCCUUUUUGUGAUGAACAUUAUGCAUUGUCACUGCCAAAUCUCACUUUUAGUUUCACCUUUUGAGUCAUUUCAUCUUGGGUUAUAUUGCAAACUCGAUUAGGGAAGUUGAUUCUGAGCACAACGCUUGUCAUAAAUUCAAUUCUCCUGUGUUUUCAGUUGAUGUUCAUUUAAAUUGUUUUUCAUCAGCUGUUUUCUAGUUUGUGAAGGUCAUAAAUAUACUUUACUGGUGCUAUGUUUUUGUUAAACCAGGAGGGUAGGGUUGAAAGUUGAUUGUUAAAGAGGGAUACAACUGUGAAAUAAACAGAAGAUUUCAUGCUAGUAACUUGUAAGGGGAGAAGAAAGGCCCCUCUCCUGAUUACCUGCUUAGACCACCACUAAUAAUUCAGGAAGGUGGGCAGGGGUAUAACGGCUGUUCAGCUUAUAAAAUAAGCUUACAGCUUCUUAGUGUACAAAACGGGUUGGCAAUAUUUGACUUUUGCAUGGCUUUAUAUCUAUUUAUGAAAUUAAAGCAAAUUUUUGUACUUAAUUAGCAAAUUAGUCAAUACCGUGUAAACCUGUAAGUUGUUUUGAAUGAUCUAUAAAACGUCUGAUUUAGGUGUUUGGUUAAUUCAUUUGAUCAGUAAUUUUGAUUUCACCAAUUUCUGCUUUUGCAUAGAUGUAUCCACCUGUACAUUAUCCAAAUGUUUGUAUAAAGGGAUCUUACCGUACACAAUGAAAUCGUUAUCCCAACAUAAACUUAAGGGUUUGCUUCCCAGUUGUAUAUUUUGUAGUUUGAAUAUAUUUUGUAUUUAUGUGGUCUUUCAGAAUGUGUUUUUGGGGAUGCAGUAUUGAUUUGAAUGGUUGAUUUCAGACAUAACCAUGUAUAUAAAUAUGCUAUGCAAACCAGAAUAUAUAAGAAACUUGAUUAUC